AUGGAUAUGAAACAUGUUUCUACACGCAUUAACGUUGAAUCUUCUCUCCUUCAAAACCUAAACUGGAGUUUCAAGACUGGAUCAAGAAUUCUCGUCAAACCGCCGCCAUCUUCAACAUUCAAUCUUCACAAAAAUAGCCCUAGAUUUUCUGCUUCAUGGUUGAGUCCUGAACUUGCUAGCAAUGCUUUCACAUGGUCAACUUUAGCUGUGUUACCUUACUAUUCCCUCAUGGUUAUUGCUCCAAAAUCUGAACUGACGAAAAGGUCAAUGGAAAGUAAUGUACCAUAUGUUAUUCUUGGAUUGGUGUAUGCACAUCUUCUUUACCUCUCUUGGACACCUGAUACCUUGAGGCUCAUAUUUGCAAGUAAAUAUUUUUUGCCUGAACUCCCUGGUAUAACUAAGUUGUUCUCUAGUGAGCUUUCAUUAGCUUCUGCUUGGGUUCAUUGGUUGGUUGUAGAUCUCUUUGCUGCAAGGCAGGUGUUCAUGGAUGGAUUAGAAGAGCAGAUCGAAACUCGACAUUCUGUGACUCUAUGUUUGUUGUCUUGUCCCAUUGGAAUCCUAUCUCAUGUCAUUACUAAAAAACUUAUCAAAAGUACCCGAAAAUCCCCAUUAGAAUAGCAUUAUGCGGAGACAACAUGUCUCAAUU